AUGGCAGGUUUGCUAGCACAACCUAUAAUUAUAAGAGAAGCAACUACUAUAGGAAGUACAUCUUUACUCGUAGCAAUUUGUUCAGUGGUCGGUUUCUUCACGUUCGUGACACCGUUACUGCUGCAUUUAGUAACAAAAAAGUAUGUCACAGAAAUACAUUAUGAACCAGAGACAUCCACAUAUAAAGCCACCACUAUCAACUUCUUUUUAGCCAGAAAACAGCUUGAAUUCAAGACAGAUGAUGUAGUAGUACCUGAUGUUCCGGGUAUGUUUACUACAAUGCAUGCAAAGGGCACUCCACUUUUCAUAGAAGCCAGACACUUCACUGAUCCCUUACACUAUGCUAAAAUCAUGGGUUAUGACAAACCUAUGGAUUUUAAACUUGGAGAACAAGACAGUAGUGACAGCAAUAAACAAUAG